UCUCACCUGUCAGAACCAUCCAGAGCUAUGAACUGACUCACUCGAAGGAGCUAAGAGACAGUAGAAGGAGAAAUAUUUGGGCUUGUGGUAUGGCUGAACACUAGCACUGUCUGCCGUUGCAUUGGAGUCACGUAGGAUAGAACCGGAGCUUGAAACUACCAGCCCAGGGGAGUUUCAACAGUUUUACCUCAGCUAGGAAGGUAAACAUCUAUAGUGUCUGCAGAAAGAGGCACCAGUGACCGACAUGAGCCUGUCUUCUCAGAGUACAGUACCGAGGAGGAGUGUGGGCACCAGGCCAGCCAUGAGCAGCCACGCUAUUCUCACCAAGUCAGAGUUCUCUGAGGAGGAGCAAGAGGGGAUUCUGCUGGGUUUGGAUGAGGAGGAGAACAGUGGCAGUGAGGACAGCGAGGCUGGCUCAAAGAAGUCUUUAGAGAGCAAGGGCGGCACGGCCGGCAGCUGCCCUGAUGUGAAGAGACGCAGUCGUCCUGUCCGCUCCAAAUCUCGCCGUGUGGCCGCCAACGUUCGCGAGCGAAAGCGUAUCCUGGACUACAACCAGUCUUUCAAUGCACUGCGCAUGGUGCUCAAACAUGACCUCAACGGCAAGCGACUGUCCAAGAUCGCCACUCUGAGACGUGCCAUCAACCACAUCUCUUCGCUGACCGUCUUCCUGCGCUCCCACCCCUGCCCCAGUGCCCUGCCAGGAGGACAUCCACCCUGCACCCACGCAGAGUGCCUCAGAGAGCAGCCCUCGGCUGGAAUUGAGGAGGCCAUGCUGGUCCUGGGGAAGGACAGGGAGAAAGAGAGGGGCUUCCAGACCCCGGUGGAGACCUACUGUCUGCAGCAUAAGCCGUUGCAUUGGAGUCAACACCACCAGCAGUCCCUGCAGGAUCCCGGUGCUCACAAGGCUCCCAUCAUUCUGCCUCCAGAGCUCCAGCUCUACACAGACACCCCAGUAGGACGACACCCCAGCCCUUCGUGCCUGCCAUCCCCAUCCUAUGCUCACUUCUCCCCCACUGAGACCCAGUUCUACACGCCUUCGCACCUUCACGAGGAGUUGAGCAGCCCCCCAUACUACAUCAGCAGCGAGUGGAGUGGGGGGUCAGGGUACCCGUUUGGAGUGAGGGCCAACUGUCGCCCGAACCACACUGACAGCUUCUCAGACUCCUCUCCUGCUGUGUCCUUCACGUGGCAGCUGGGUUACCUGCAAGGCUCAGCUGGCUACCAACAGUUCCUGACCAUGUACUGACUGAAUGAACCCAAGACAUGAGCUCGAGUUGAGGGCACCAACGUUAAAGUCUACAAUGAUGUCAAACAGAGGGAAGCUGACAUGUGUAUAUGUCUAUGUAUGUACAGUAUGCAUGGGAUUGCAAUGAUGGAUUUGGCUAUUUGGCUUUGCAAGGGGAAUUCUUAGUAAUGUCUUACACUUGUUUAAACAGAUUGACAAAAGUGUUGAUGAAAUUAAAUGUUACAGCAGAAUACAGUAUAUGUUUUACCUCCAAUAGUCCCUAAGAACAAAAGGAAUGUGUUUUAACAUUUCAUCAUGUGUUUGUAAUGCAGAAUAUAAUGUGCUAAAUAUAGCUACUGAAUGAGCUGUAUGAGUUGUUAGUCUUAAAGCAGAGCAUGAGGGCCUAAACACAAUAUACAUCUAUAUUUCUGCUUACCUGAGCUAUGUAUGUUUACAUGAGGAAGAUGACUGUUUUCUCAAUGAGAGAAUUAUAGUGCAUCCUUCCCCUGCAGCACAAACCCCAGAAAAGCAACUUGUAGUAAUUAUUAUAGUGUUAGAAUUUUUGCCUAUGCAAUUUGUAAGAAUUGAA